AUGGCUGUAUGGGAAACGGAUAAUGAGUUGAGCGACGCUGCCGCUGCAUCGCUGCCGACUCCAACAGACACACCCUACCGGACACCGUCGCGAAGCUCGAGGAGGUCGCGUCGUUCUACCACGCCUCCUGGUAUAGCUUCAUCGCCGCCGCCGCCAUUACCAAUGGAUAAAAUCGAGAAGAAUAGCAAACGGUCUUCGAAAGAUGUCGCGAUGGACGAAAACAUUAGCAUCCUGGACCCCCGUCGUUUCACACCCACACUCCACGCGAACCUUGUCUCGGAAAUAUUGGCCUUACGAAGGGAUCAGGAAGAGAAGCUCAAGAUAAUUGAAAGUCUUGAAUGCUCUUUGCACACCACUCGAGAAGAACAAGAGUCGCUACAAACCAACUUAUCGAAUACAGCCAAGGAAACCAGGUCCCUAAAGCGACAACUAGCCCUCCUUGAAGGAGGAACAUCAUCGGCUCUAGGCGAGUUGGCCAAGGAACGCGAUGAUGCAGUUGAAGCGAUAACUGAGACUAGGAGACGACUCGAAGUAGCACAAAAGAAAGUCCGCACCCAUGAGGAGGAUUCCCAGAGGGUUCACGACCUCUGGGCCAAGGAAAAAGACGACUGGGAUGAAGAAAGGCGUAAAUAUGAACGGAAGUUGCAUGUUGCAGAGAGCCGACUACGAGUCGUCUUAGAAGAGGUUGCUAAUCUGCAAGCAUCACAAGCGAAUGGAAUUAACCAUGGAUCUGAAAGCGACAGCGAAGGACCCGGGAAGGAGAACGACGGUGCCAGUGUACGAACGAUGAGCAUGACGAAUAGUAUCCGUUUCUCGGUGAUGAGUGGCCCUGGGUUUGCCAAACCUAACGGCCAUAGUCUUGCUGAUGAGCUCAACUUUGAUGACGACGAUGACUACCAAACGGAUCCGGAUGGCCGCCAAAGUGUGCUCUCAAACCCGAGGCACCAUCGGAACCAGAGCCGCGAUAGCAUUAUGUCGAAAUCUCAUCGACGAAACCAGAGCAGCGACGGCCAAAUACGACCGGGCAGUGUCGCAAGAAGCAGAAUCUUCAUGAACCAGACGGUGCUUGAUAGACUAGAGGGAGGAAUUCGUGAGGAUGACGAGGACAUUGUAACACCACCCAAGGUAGAAUAUACCGACACCGGCGUUCAAUUCUCACCACCUCCUUCUCCUAAGAUGGCCCCAGCGAAACCGUCGACUCCAGAGCCUACCCUCAAAAAUGAAAAGUUGAUGGGUCUGGAGAGUCCGCCUCGAACUGAGGGUGAGAUCGAAGCAAACCAAAGCCGCAAGAGGGUAUACAUUACCAAGCCGACUCCAAUAGAAUCUCCUAAGCCUGCGAAGUCGAUGGUUUCCGCCUCAUCUCAGACAUCAGAAAAGCCCGCACAGCCUCUCGCGACAUCAAACCCAUUAGUUGUCGAAACGAAGCCUGCUGUCGCGUCAGUAUCGAAAUCAAUUUCCACGCAAACUGAUCCUAUUCCAACUGAGCGAGAAUCACUCCCUCCCCCACCUCUUUCGAUACCGAGCAUAAGCAUCAUUCCACCAACCAGUCGACCUUCAACUCCACGCGAACAUCGCUUACCUCAAUAUGUCAAGGACUUCGGUUGCCAAGUUUCUCUUAUACAAUCGAAGCCUACAAAGUCAAUGGCAGUCCAGACGGAUGAAAUCCGAAUCGAUAGGAGACUCGAUAAGCUUCCACCACACCUUCACCCAUCCGCCAUCUCAUCAAGACCUACAUCACCUACUGGCAUUAGCGUCCUUGAAAGUAAAGAUUUCACGCCUGUGCCUGGGCACGUCCCUCCACGGAACCCACGCCGUCUUGAAGGUAGUCGACAGAGCUUCUCUACCGAAUUGCCUUCAUCGCCCCCAAUUUCGCCAAUCGGGGAAGACUUGGAAACGCGUGAUGCGUACCCUGGCAACAAUGAUGAUGGCCCAUUGUCAAAUUCUAAAGCACCCGUGAGACGGCCACAUCGGAUAAGUAGCCUAUUUGCUGGCUUUGAUGCUCAAAGCUCGGACGAAGCUGACGAGUUCGAUGGGGAUCAAAGCGACUCUGAGUACCGUACAGCACUAGCUCCAAGACCUAAGACUGGUCCUACUAAGCCUGGCAAACGGUCAUCAUUGGCAAGUUCAUCGUUGGCAAGCACCGCUUCGCCAGAACAGGUUAAACCCAUAGCUAGACAAGCAGCCAGCGUCAUGAGUAAGGUCGGAGGUCCGGAAGUUUAUAGCUCUUUCCGCCUUGCAGAUGCACCUGAAGGACUGACGCGAAAACCGUCUCUUAAGGUAGCCACUCGAGCAGCUGAUAGGGCGAUUGGGUACAGUACGGGCUCUCGUGCUAGUGUGAUGCGCAAGUCCGCAAUGAUCCAGAGUGGUAUUGCCUCUCACCAAGGUCGUUCGCGCAGCCCCAGCUUGCCUGAAUCGCGAGAUCCUCCAUUCCCAAUUCCUACGAGAGCAAGUUCAAGGAAACCGCCAUUUAGCAUUAGUGCACCAAGUGAUGGCCAGCGUAGUCCAACUCAUCGCGGCGCAAAAGGUGCUCCAUACAGGAACAAUAGUGUUCGUAAGGUUCGGUCUGCUGCAGCGCUACCCGGAAACAGGAAACACCGAAGACAUGGCAGCCGAUCACCGCCACCGAUGUCACCAUCGGAAGAAGCACCUGAAAGUCCAGGUCUCCCUCCAUUACCCACUAACGACGUCACUACUCCUCGACGCGAUCGUAAUAGGUCGCAAAUGCGUAGCCACAGAUCUCAACCCUCAACAAACACCGCUAAUACUGAGAACACCAACAUGGGUUCUACUGGCAGCAACCAACAAUCGUCGAGUGUAGUAGAUGCUAUUGCACAGACGAUGGUUGGUGAGUGGAUGUUUAAGUAUGUUAGAAGACGCAAGUCUUUUGGUGUGGCCGAUGGCAAUAACCGUGGGGAAGAGAACAGUAACGAUCGCCAUAAACGAUGGGUAUGGCUUGCACCAUAUGAGCGCGCGAUCCUGUGGAGUAGCAAGCAGCCUGCAUCAGGCAAUGCUUUGAUGGGCAAACCGGGCCGAAAGCUAACCAUCCAAUCCGUAUUGGAUGUGAAGGAUGAUAAUCCCCCACCGAAAGGCAUUACCAACAUUUUCAACCGGUCAAUCCUCAUCUUAACGCCUCAGAGAGCAUUGAAGUUUACUGCCACAUCAGCGGAGCGCCAUUACCUCUGGUUAACAUCGUUGUCAUUCCUUGCGCAUUCACAACAGGAUGUUCCGGAGAUUAUCCCCACAGCAAAUUCACCGAACAUUGGCCCGGCACCCGAAUUCGAGCCGCCGCAGUCGAAGGUCAAGAAGCCUGGUAUCCGUGACUCGAUUCGACUUACGAAGGGAAAGAACCCGGCGUUGAUGACCCGCCACGAUCCUCCCCCGAGCACUAACCAGCUCGAGGAAGCACUCUCCUUCAAACAAGAAGCAUUCCCUCCGAUACCUGUUCACCAGCGUGAGCUUUCGCGCGAAGCAGCCGAACCUCCCUUUAUUCCUCGAUUCCACGAAAGAUCGCACGAUAGAGUACACGAGCGGGCCAACCAAGUAGUCCUUCACGGUCGCAAGAGGAGCAAUACUGGUGGCCAUGUUCCUCCACCGCUCUCAUUCCGAGGCUUCUCAGGACCAGCGAGCCAUAGCAGUUCAUACCAUGCUUCCACCAAUAGUACUGCUGGUAACAGCGUAGGCACUGCGGGCUCUUCCGACAUCUACCAAUCCCAGGCGUCUAGUAACAUAACCUGGGGUUUGAGUACGGCCGGAUCUCAACGAACUUCCGAGGCGUCGUCGCGUCCGCCUGGAAACUUCUUCGAGGCAAUCGGAACCGUACGAAUGGAGGCGUUUAUUAGCCCUCUCACAUUUCCACGGUUCGAGGAACAUCCUGAUGAAGAAGAGGAAUGGCGAUACAGGGCUCGCAGACGAAGCAAGGAAAUGCGCCGCCGCCGUAGCCGUAGCAGACAUCGGGAUAGCUAUGCUUCCCGAGGAACGCGCGGAACGGAUUCGUACUAUGCCGGAAGCAGGCAAGGAGAAGAGGACUUCUUCCGAGACGAUCCCUUCAAGGGAUUCUAA